AGACGGCGCUGUACUCAGCAAUACCAGACCGGGUGCUUAUAAUUCUAUAAAUCAAGCCUAGCUGGCGUUAGAAUGCACAUAAUUCAGUGUGAGAUUACGCGACGUGGUGCAGCAGGUUUUGUUUUUAUCUGUUUUAUUUAUUUGUUUACGUCCUUGAGACAGUAUGCCGUUGGAACUCACACGCUGCAAGAAACUUAAGUGUCUUCCACUCGCGCAGUUGCGAAUGACUUUCGCCGUCGCCGAAACAUACCUGCGACGAGUAGAAAUUGCUAGUAUGUGCUCUGGUCGAUUACUGUUGCGCAAAAUGUUAGAAAACGUGAAAUUAUUCUCUCGGAUGUCGGAUGUCUUGGAUUUCAGACUAUGUCGGGCGCACAUGUUACUCCUACUUGCCGUAGAUGUGUCGAAGACGACUGUUGCGUGUUAUCAUAUAUGUUUGUGUGUGUUGCUCCGCGCAAUGUUACCUGAGGCAAACAGUACUCUGCACGCUGCUGACAUCAACGGCGAUAUUAGGUAAAUAGUUUUAUUCUAGCCGUCGGACGGCUAAUUUGGUGAUUCGCGCUGUAUCGGAUCAAAUACUUAAUGGUAUUUAGAGUGAAUUAAUAGUUUUGUAUACUGUUUCCGCCGGUGCAUGUGCUAACUUCAUUAUGGAAUAUACAUAUAUUCAACUA